CCCCGCCCCCCCGGGCCAUAACCCGCCGCCAGCGCCCCCACCGCCGCAGCGGACCCAGCGCCGAAGACAGAAGGCUCGGACCCGAGGCCGACGCUGGGCGCCCGCCAUGGACGCGCCCCGCGCUCUGGCGGCCGCCGCGCCGGCCCCCGGGAAAGCCAAGCUGACGCACCCGGGGAAGGCGAUCCUGGCAGGCGGCCUGGCGGGCGGCAUCGAGAUUUGCAUCACCUUCCCCACCGAAUACGUGAAGACGCAGCUGCAGCUGGACGAGCGCUCGCACCCCCCGCGCUACCGGGGCAUCGGGGACUGCGUACGGCAGACUGUCCGCAGCCAUGGUGUCCGGGGCCUGUACCGAGGCCUCAGCUCCCUACUCUACGGCUCCAUCCCCAAGGCGGCAGUCAGGUUCGGGAUGUUCGAGUUCCUCAGCAACCACAUGCGGGACGCCCAGGGACGGCUGGACAGCACACGCGGGCUGCUGUGCGGCCUGGGCGCCGGCGUGGCCGAGGCCGUGGUGGUCGUGUGUCCCAUGGAGACCAUCAAGGUAAAGUUCAUCCAUGACCAGACCUCCUCCAACCCCAAAUACAGAGGAUUCUUCCAUGGAGUCAGAGAGAUUGUGCGGGAACAAGGGCUGAAGGGGACAUACCAGGGCCUCACAGCCACCGUCCUGAAGCAGGGAUCCAACCAGGCCAUCCGCUUCUUUGUCAUGACAUCUCUGCGCAACUGGUACAGAGGGGACAACCCCAACAAGCCCAUGAACCCGCUGAUCACCGGAGUGUUCGGAGCUAUUGCAGGCGCAGCCAGUGUCUUUGGGAACACUCCUCUGGAUGUGAUCAAGACCCGGAUGCAGGGCCUGGAGGCACACAAAUACCGGAACACGUGGGACUGCGGCUUGCAGAUCCUGAGGAAUGAGGGGCUCAAGGCAUUCUACAAGGGCACGGUCCCCCGCCUGGGCCGGGUCUGCCUGGAUGUGGCCAUUGUGUUCGUCAUCUACGAUGAGGUGGUGAAGCUGCUCAACAAAGUGUGGAAGACUGACUGAGCCCCAGGGUCUGCAUGGGGCUGCCCUCAGGCACCUCCAGACCAGCCCCCACUGCCCUCUCCUCACGAUUCCAGUGCA